AAGACUGAACAGGACUAGCCAGUGCUCCAGGGAAAUCCAAGGGGCCGGGAGCUUUUGGUUGGACGGCGGAUGCCCUGCUUUCGCCUUCUUUUGGAGUUGACAUUGCAGCCAUCAUCGGGCUCCCAAUUGAGGAACACUGCUGGACCUGGCCAUGUUGCUUUUGAUCUGGCUGCUUCUCCUUGGGUCUGCCUUCCAACAAGGCCUGGGUUCCUGGAAGGUGAAUAACCCUGAGAAUCUUCAAGGUGUCAGUGGCUCCUGUGUGGUCAUCCCCUGCACUUUUAACUUUCCUAAUGAUGUGAACCCAAAUCAAGGCGUUAUUGCCAUCUGGUACCGAGACUAUGCAGAUGCUGAGAGAAAGACGGUGGUAAGCCAUUCCGGAGACCCAGCACAGGUGGGGUCAAGGUACCAAGGCCGGGCUGUGUUUCUGGGGAAACCUGAGCAGAAGACCUGCAAUCUACUGAUACGGGAACUCAGUCCCAAGGACAAUGGGGACUAUAACUUCCGAUUUGAGAUCAUCGGGGGAGACAGAUGGUCUGCCAAGAGGAGCACCACGAUCAAAGUUACUGAUGAACCCAGCAGCCCCACCAUUGCCUCCCCUACUCAUCUUCAGGAAGACACCCAAGUUACCUUCAGUUGUUCUACCCCCUAUGUGUGUCCUGAAGACAAGAGCCCCCUUUCCUGGCAUGGUCAGGAUCCUGUGCGCUCCAACACUAGUGAGCUCCGAGUACUGGAACCCACUGGGGUCAGCUACCGACAAAGCCUCAGCGUUGCCUUAUCCUGGCGCGACCAUGGCCGGCUGCUCAGUUGCCAGUUCUCUGGGGCAGGGAAGCAGAGCCAGGGGGAGAUCCGCCUCCAGGUGAAGUGUAAGUGACAGCAGAUGCCAAGCUGACAACCUCUAGGGCCAUCUUGAAUUUUUGGAAGCUGUCUCAGAGGCUCCACUUUGGGCUUCCUUAGUCCUUAGGCCUUAGCUUAUUCCUAUGUUUCCUAGUUAAAUUUCUCUGGGAUUGCCAUCCCCUUACUGGAAUAAAAGAUUCUAUUAUCUCUCAGACUAAUGUAGACUGGCAACCCAAUCUUUAGAUCUUUCAAAGUUGGCAAUUUACAUCUUUCCUAGGGUGGGGCAGGUGAUGUAAAAUA